AUGUUCGAUGAAGAGGUUGUGCCGUCCACGGCUACAAGCCGCACGGCCUACAGCCUGCCCAUAGAUCCCCUUUAUACUGCAGAGCCACCGAUCACUGACGACCUGAUUUCCGUUACCUCGACUGCUCAGGGAAAUACAGUUGAUCAGUGCCUUCCUCUAUUGAAGGCCCAGGACAACAGUAUCGAGUACAACAUUCAUGGGGUACCUCGCCUUCGCCGACGGAAGAUCAUCAACUAUUUAAAGCUUACUCUUGGGCAACUUCCCGCGCCGUUUGUUGCCGCCGAUGCCAGCCGGCCAUGGUCAUUGUACUGGGCGCUGAAUGGUAUGUCCUUACUCGGAGAAGACGUCUCGCAGUACCGCGAGGGGCUCUGCGCCACCGCACAGCACCUGCAGAAUGACACCGGGGGCUUCGGCGGCGGGUUUGGCCAGCAAUCGCAUCUCGCAACCACCUACGCCAUGAUCUUGGCUCUGGCCAUUGUUGGUGGGGAGGAGGCGUAUGCCAUCAUUGACAGGAGGGCCAUGUGGAAAUGGCUUUGUGCAUUGAAGCACCCUGGUGGCGGCUUUCAGAUGUCCGUGGGCGGAGAAGUUGACGUCCGAGGAGCGUACUGCGCGGCUGUCAUCAUUUCUCUGCUCAACCUACCUCUCGACCUCUCGUCAGAUUCGCCGGCUAGGGCAGCUGGCGUAACGGACUUGUUUGCUGGGCUUGACAGCUAUGUUCGCAGAUGUCAGACGUAUGAGGGUGGUAUAUCCGGCAAACCGGACGCCGAAGCACAUGGUGCAUAUGCAUUCUGUGCUUUAGGCUGUCUCUCCAUCCUGGAUGCUCCUCAUCGCAUCAUCCCAAGGAUCCUUGACGUGCCACGGCUUAUCUCUUGGCUGUCGGCUCGUCAAUAUGCCCCGGAGGGUGGGUUUUCUGGCCGCACCAACAAGCUCGUCGACGGCUGCUAUAGCCACUGGGUCGGGGCCUGCUGGCCGCUGAUACAAGCCAGCCUAGGAGAAAGUGCUAGCCGUCAACCGGAAGAGAGUCCUACUUUGGAAACCCACAGCUUCUAUGACCGCGAAGGCCUGAUACGCUACAUUCUCUCCUGUGGGCAGGAUCAUUCCUCGCGGGGGGGCAUGAGGGAUAAGCCUGGAAAGCGCUCUGAUGCAUACCACACCUGCUAUGUGCUCAGUGGCCUCUCGUCUGCACAGCACAUCGUGACUACGGACACAUUACGAGUCGAGCAGGUGGCAAACGUGACAUGGACCGUGUUACCCCAUCCGGGCGACCAGAUAUACGACCAGGAAGACCUGCUCAAUCCCACAGAUCCCGUAUACGCCAUCCCCCAGGGAGCACGGGAGGACAUGAUGAACUUUUUCUUAUCGAAGCCGGGGUUCUGA